AUGGAUUCCAAUGGAGGAGCAGUCUACUGCACGCUUCUGUUGAGUGACAAUUAUCUUCCUGGUGCUAUGGUCCUUGCCCAUUCCUUACGCGACAAUGGUACAAAAGCGAGGUUGGUGGCGCUCUUUACGCCAGACAGACUACAAUCGACCACCAUCGACGAGCUAAGGACCAUCUACGACGAGUUGAUCCCAGUGAGCUCAAUGGUGAACGACACGCCGGCGAAUCUCUGGCUCAUGGACCGCCCAGACCUGAUUGCCACAUUCACUAAGAUCGAGCUCUGGCGCCUGACGCAAUACCAGCGGGUCGUGUACAUUGAUUGUGAUGUCGUAGCUCUUCGAGCCCCCGAUGAGCUGUUGUCACUAGAAGCAGACUUUGCUGCCGCGCCUGACGUGGGUUGGCCGGAUUGCUUUAAUAGUGGAAUGAUGGUUCUCCGACCUAAUCUACAGGACUACUAUGCGCUAAGAGCGCUCGCCCAACGAGGUAUCAGCUUCGAUGGCGCCGACCAGGGUCUGCUGAACAUGCAUUUCCGGGACUGGCAUAGGCUAAGCUUCACGUAUAACUGCACGCCAAGUGCCAAUUACCAGUACAUUCCUGCGUACAAGCAUUUCCAGAGUACCAUCAGUCUUAUUCAUUUCAUUGGUGCUCAGAAGCCAUGGAAUAUGCCGAGGCAGAUUGUCCCGCUGGAGUCCCCGUACAAUCAGCUUCUAGGCCGGUGGUGGGCUGUCUACGAUAGACACUAUCGUCUGCCAUUUGUACCGAGCGCACCAGCUGAGAUUGCAAAGACGGCAUUGGCUCAAGGCGAACAAGUCCAUGCCCCUCGUUAUGACCACCCUCCUCGUUCUGACCAUACUCCUCAUUAUGACAACACCCCUCAUGAAAACACCCUUCGUUAUGACAACACUCCUCAUUAUGAAACACAUCCAACGUCCGAACGGCAGCCCUACCAUGUUGAAGAACCCGCCAGCUUCCACGAGGAACCACACCAAGCACCGGCAAUCGAGCACGGCCAUUCAGAACCGCACCAGGACCACUCUGCCCCUGCUAAUGUACGAUAUGCUGCCGUGCCUGUAUUGAGCAUGGUACCGCAAUAUGUUCGCGGGGAGGAGCAUGUCUCAACCUAUAUCCCACCACUGCCUCCUGCGCCAAUCACUUUUGCGCCUCAACUGAGCCACGAAACAUACGAGACACAGAUACAAACCCAGACACAGUUGCCGAUACAGACACAGGCACAGAUACACUACCCCGAUGGCCAUAUUCACCAACCACAGCCCCUGGCGCCGAUCCCUCCAAUUGUCGAGUAUCAAUCACCCCCAUCUCCGGUCCCAGAGGUUUCGACCUUUGAGGCGCCAAGGUCCGAGUGGGAUCCCUCACGAGAGCCACCCCCGGUCAACACGAAACCCGAAGGUUUCAGUUUACAACAGAAAACCUACAAUAUGUCUGAAGACACCCAUCUAUUCCAACCCCCGUCGUCCUACCCCGAGGCACCGAAAAACAUGUGGUAUGAGGUUCCAGCCAAACCGGAGCCCAAACCGGAGCCCAAACCUACCACAGUCUUCCCCUGGGAGCACCAUGCCCCGAAACCCACCCGCAUCUUCGCCGAGGAGGCACCUGUGGAGUUAGUGGAAACCCCCGUGAUACCCGAGGAACAAGAGCAAAAUUCACUCCCAAGUGAGCCAGCCCCUCCCGGACCCUCACCUUCUUACACUCGGGUACCGUUCGAACCUAGUGCCGAAUCAUGGCAAACAUACACCCGCUCCAACGCCUGGGACGAGGAUCCAGAGAUCCAGCGCUACAUUGAGACAAUCCAAGCACGGCGCACAAAAUCACAAGUGACCAGCCCGGGGGCCCACUCCAACAGCCCCGGGAAAUCACCCCCCAGCCCAGAUUUCCGCCCCAGCGCCAAGAUCACCGACUUCCCAACAGAAGUCGAGCGCCCCAGUCUGCCCGUAACGCCGGCCCCAAUCCACCGCAUCAGCUACGGGGAUGAGGCCUCCGGUACGGCCGCCCUCCCUGCUGCCGAGGGUGUGCCUAGCCAGGAGGAAUGGAAUCCCCUGACUCAGCUCGAGGAGCUGCAUCGUCGGCACUCGGAGGUCUUGGAGCAUCCCGAGCUGCUGUUUAAUCGGCUUGCCGCUGCCUCACAUCGUCGUGAGCGUUGA